UGCGCAGGACCAGAUGGGUGCCCGGACGCGGAAGACCGGGCCCGGCGGAGGUUCCCGCUUUGGAGCGUGGGAGGCGGAAGAGGCGGCAGGUUGUAGAUUUCGGUCUUGGCCCCAAGGGGUUUCCCCGGGCCAUUAGAACCCAAGAGAGGAAGAGGAGGCACUGCAGCGGCAGCUGACGGGCUGGACCCCCAACCUGUCCUCCAGGCGGGGAGGGGGCAGGGAGGGAACCACCGAUCGCAGGGCUGAGGAGCCUCCGGGACCGGGUCCCGGAGCAUGGGGGCUGGACCAGGGCCCCGAGCAUGGAGAGCUGGAGCCGCCGAGGCCGUCUGGCCGGGCCCUGCCCGAUUGUCAGCUCCUCCGUGCUAGCGCUGCCCGGGCAGCCGCGGCGUCUGUAGCCCGGCCCCGCUUAAGGUCGUUGGCCGAAAGAUAGCAGCAUGAGUUCCGCCGCUGCCUAGUUUCCUCCCCCUCCUUCUCUUCUCCCUCUGUCCUCCUUCCUCUCUCCUCUUCCCCAUACCUCGUCCUUCUUUCCCUCCCCCGUGCUCCUCUUUUCCCUCCACCUUGCCCUCUUCCUUCCCCUCUGUCCUCCUUUCCCCCAUCUUUCUCUUUCUUGCCCCCUUCUGCCCUCCUCCUUUGACCCUCUCUGUACUCUUGCUUUUCCAUCUAUCCUUUUUCCCUCCCUCUUGCUUUUUUCCCUCCUCCCUUCAUCCCUGUCUUUCCUUCAUCCUCUUCUUUUAUUCUGUCACCCUCCACCACAAGCUCUCGCUCCUCCUCCCCUUUCUCACUGUCAUCCUCUCUUCCUCAUCCUCAUCCUCCUUCCCUCCUCCUCCUCUUCCUCCUCUCCUGCUUUUCUCCGCCCCAGCCCCCGCCCCUAAGCCUCCGCCCCUUAGCCCCCGCCCCCAGCUGCCAGUCCCCAGCAGCCCAGUCCUGCAGUGAGAGUCUUGGGAGUCCAUAGCUAAGCACCAGGAGCCGAGCACUGUCCGCUGUGCCUGGCUGCAAGUUUCGACAUGGCUCAGGAGAAAAUGGAGCUGGACUUUGAGCCUGACACAUCUGAUGGGGCCACCCUGAGAAGAUCCAACAGCGCUCCCCUGAUCCAUGGGCUCAGUGACCUUUCACAGGUUUUUCAACCUUAUACAUUUAGAACUCGGAGGAAUAGUACAACGAUCAUGAGCCGUCACAACUUGGUAAGUAUAGAACUGCUGUCAUCCUCACCUAAUCGCGUUCCUAGCAGCAGACUACAUCAGAUCAAAAGGGAGGAAGGCAUGGAUAUGAUGAACAGAGAAACUGCACACGAAAGGGAAGUGCAAACAGCAAUGCAGAUAAGCCAGUCAUGGGAUGAGAGCUUGAGCCUGAGUGAUAGUGAUUUUGACAAGCCAGAGAAAUUGUAUUCUCCUAAAAGGAUUGACUUCACUCCAGUGUCUCCGGCGCCAUCACCCACCAGAGGAUUUGGAAAGCAAUGUUUUUCACCAUCCUUGCAAAUGUUCGUGAGCAGCAGUGGGCUGCCACCAAGUCCCGUUCCCAGUCCGAGACGCUUUUCCAGCAGGAGGAGUCAGAGUCCAGUCAAGUGCAUUAGGCCCAGUGUUCUUGGUCCUCUUAAAAGAAAAGGUGAAAUGGAGACCGAAAGCCAGCCUAAGAGGCUCUUCCAAGGCACUACCAAUAUGCUGUCUCCGGAGGCUGCGCAGUUGUCUGAUCUCAGUUCAUGGUGGUGUUAUCAAGGAGAAGAAAUUCCUGCCUUGACCAGAUGUGUGGAGCAUCUACAAAUGAAUGAAUAAUGUUAUUUACACACAAACCACUGUGUAGGAAAGCAUACAUGGAGCUUGACAGCUUGUCUUGGGUGGUACUGUGGGGCCUGAGGCGCCUUGGGGUAUAGUCAUAAAGAUCUGUACCAUGAUGUAGGAUAGACAAGGGGGCUCUAUGUGUGUGAUUGCCACAUACUGUUUCAAUUGCUGCUUUUUGCCAAUUACUUUUUGUCAUUGGAUGCGUUCGUUUUGUCAUGUGGUGAGUGGUGCCGCCGACUGUGUUUUGGUUACGUGUUGCCACCAGAAUCAGAAUCCAGUUCCUGUUCACGCUGCCUUAUAGUAAGGGCAGUUGAAUAUUUACGAGGAAGCUUUUAGGAGCUGAAAAAGUCAAUGUUAUUGUGCAUCCUGCUUUUUAAGAAGCUGUUUGAGCUGUGAACAGUGUACAUGAUAGUAAGUCUGAGGUACCAUAAGUUAUUUAACUUUUAAAAGAGGAAAAUCCUGACAGAGCUAUUUAAAAAACCUGAGUGUAAUCUAUUGUUGUGUUAUUUAUUAUUUAAAAGUGUGUAGAAAUGUCUGUUGUGAUAGAUUUUUUUAGUGUUCAGGCAUCAUGGUUGGCUUGUCUGUAUUUAAUAUAUGAAAUUUGCCUACUAGGAUCAUACUAUUCCAUUUUUAAAUGAAUGUAAGAAAAGAAAACUACUGCAUUUGUGUCUUUUGAAGGCAAAGAUCCUUGAACGUUACAGGAAUAUGAUGUGCUGCGGGUACUCACAGGCUAGUAAUGCUGUGUGGCUUGAAGGGAAACCUAUUCUCUUUGAGUCAUGAGAGCGCUUUCCUUAGCUUGUUGUAAGUGGUUCUGUUACAGCAUCAGAUGUGUUGUUGGUUUUAAAUCGUCAUAACCGCCAUAAUGGCCAUUAAUGGCUUUAUUUCUUGUAUUGCUUUCACCUAUGCAAAGUCCAUAAUCUUUCAAACCUAACAGAAAUGUAUAUAUUAUGAAGAUCGUUCCCUAGUAUGCCACCGUAAAGAAAAAUUAUUUCGAUGGUAUUCAGUGUAUUUAUUCUGUUUGUGAAAGAACCAUGUUAAGAUGUUGCUGCCUAUGUCAUACUGAGAGAUGGUUUUAUCUUACAGGAUAUUUAUCCACCUUUGCUCUACUGUCUUCUUUGCCUUAAAGGGACACUUUUGGCCAUCCUUUUUUGGCUCUAAUUUAGGACUCUUUAAGAAAUAACCUUUGGAAUGUGAUGAUAUUUAAAUUUAUUUUUGAAAUUCAGUGGUGGGGUAGAAUUGGGACAGGAAAAUGAAAUUGUUCCAGUAGUAUGAGAACUAGGAGGCAAGAUGAUUCACUUUAUUGUUUAAACCAAGGUUCAUUUUUGUUGUUUAAAUUGACUAGAAAGUUAAGUUUGUGCAGGAAUUGUUUUGAAAUAAAUAAAAGAUAGAGAUGCUAAUGUUCAGAUGAGCUUUGUUGACAGUACCACUUUAUUUUUAUAUAAAGUCUAAUAUUUGAAAAGUGAUCAUUGUUAUAAAUUAAAAUUCUCUCUUCCUAUUCUAAUAUUAUAUGAUAUGUCAGGCUUCUAUUUGGAAACAAGUACAAGAGACGAUAUGAUAAGAAAAUCCUAUAGAUGCUUUUUUUGCUUGACUGACUUAUAUAAUCACUGUGUUUCACGAUAAUUGCUUUUGGAAUAAUAGGAAGUUUUGUGAAAUGCUGACUUUGUGUAUAUCUUAGAAUGCAAAUUUAAUAAAGUGUGUACACAUGCAUAAAAUUCUGUAAAA